UCUUUGCUCUGAGCUCAGUGAGACUGCUGCUGCCGGUCGGUAUGGAACUGCUCCCACUACUCUGCCACCCCGGCUGGUUCUGCUGCUGUGUGGGGCUGAUAAUUAUCCUGCGCCUCCGGAGGAGGAAACCCUGGGACCCCAGCAAGUGCUCAGUCUCCCUGGCCGGCAAAACCGCCAUAGUGACCGGGGCCAACACAGGCAUCGGGAAAUGCGUUGCUAUGGACCUUGCCAGGAGGAAUGCCCGGGUGAUCCUGGCGUGCCGGAGCCGAGAGCGGGGCCAGAGGGCAUUGGAGGAAAUCCGCAGGCAGACAGGGAACGGGGCGGUGCUACUGGAGAUGUUGGACACAAGCAGUAUGGCGUCUGUGCGCGCCUUCGCCGACCGUAUCCUUCAGCAGGAGAAGCGCCUGGAUAUCCUUAUCAACAACGCUGGGGCCUCAGGAUUGCCCCAUUCCAUGACAGCCGAGGGCUUGGAGAACACAUUUGCUACAAAUCACUUGGGCCCCUUCCUGCUCACCAACCUGCUCACAGGUCUCAUGAGGAAAUCUGCCCCCAGUCGCAUUGUCUUUGUUUCCUCGUUUAACCACAAGAAUGGGGAGAUCCAUCUCAGCUGCCUGAGGGGGCAGAAUAUCCGCGGGUUCCGCCCAGAUUACCCCUAUAACUGCUCCAAACUCAUGAACAUCAUGUGCGCCAAUGAGUUCGCCCGGAGACUGCGCGGAACUGGGGUGACAGUGACCAGCCUGGACCCCGGGAUAGUGAUGACGGAGGCCGUUAGGUACUACAGCAUCUUCAUCCGACUCAUCUUCAAAUCCAUCGGCUUCUUUUUCUUCAGGACGCCAGAGGAGGGCGCUGUCAGUACCAUAUUCUGUGCUGUAUCAGAGGAAGCGGAGGGGCUGACAGAGAAGUACAUAGACUGUGACUGUAUGUUGGCCCUGCCCAGCCCAGCGGCCCGGGACCCCCCAGUCACCGCCAAACUGUGGGAGGCCUGUGAGCAAGCGGUGGGGCUGCCCCCCAGCCCCCCCAAAUAGAGCCUUCAGGGGCCACGUAUGGGUACGGGAUCAUGGGCCUACUGGGGAUUUGUUAUAUGAUCCCUCAGGUGCCACUGGCUCCCCGUCUCCCCCCCAGAUACCCCUCACCCUCUGGGACCAGUAACACAAGGCCAGUGAGCCCCCCUGCCCCCCCAUAUAUGGCUGUUACCCCAGUGCUGGGCUGUACCCCCCUAGGAAUGGAUAACAGGAUUGGCCCCCAGAUGAGCCCACUGUGUGGAUCUGUUGCCCCCGGAGACUGUGUGGCUGCUCUGAAUUAUUCUCUCUCCACUGCCUCGUUGCUAUGCUCUGUCACCCCAGCAACCAAAAGUGAAUUAUUUGUUAUAAAAUGAAAGUCAAGUUGCA